UUUAUCAGUCUAAUCGACUCCUUUGGUAGUGCAGUGAGCCAGUAUAAGUACCCGCGUUGCAGCUUCAUUUUUGGUAGGUGGGAACACGGCGCCCAAUUCAGAUCUGGCGGUCUUGCGAAUUAUUAUCGUUAGCCCGCGAAAUUACUAUAUUACUACUACACUACUUCUACUCAAUCAGUUUCAUUGUUUAUACUUACCGUGGACGAUUGUUUAUAAACCGACGCGGAAACAAAAAGAAAGUGUAAAAAGUUGUUUUAUCGGAAGUGUGAUUAGUUAGAAGUGGAAAUUAGAAAUUUUUGGACAUUUUUUUUGCUAUAAGGAGGCUAUAUGGCAAGUCAAGUAUAACCUGGUUUGAAAGCUUAUUCCAAGUUAUUUUCAGACACACCUCAAGAUGGAGAAGGGAAAAGAUAAUUUUCCUUCAACAUAUACUGUGUCUACCUUCAGUUCUACAGCCACUUUAAAUAAGAAUGAACCUGUAAAGGUCCCCAUUGACUCGGAACUAAUUAAGGAAUAUAAUCAGUAUGAACACAGGGAACUUGAACAUCCCAAUACGUUUAGUGGAGCUUUUAUCCAUCUGGUCAAAAGCUCUCUUGGAACUGGAAUUUUGGCUAUGCCAAGGGCUUUUAAAGCUGCUGGAUUAGCUGUAGGAUUUUUUGGAACACUUUUCGUUGGUUUCCUAUGUACCCAUACAGUACACAUUUUGGUAUCAGCUUCACAAAAAAUGUGUGUAAAAACUAAAACGCCGAGUAUGGGAUAUGCAGAAACUGCUGAAGCGGUCUUCCAAAAUGGUCCUAAAAAAUUACGAAAAUUUUCUGGUUUUGCUAGGAAUUUUUCGGAUAUUGCUCUCGCCUCAACUUAUGCUGCAGGAACAGCGGUGUAUAUCGUAUUUAUAUCAGAAUCUCUUCAAAAGCUAGUAAAAGUAUACUACGAACCAGCUGGUGAAGACGUUUGGAGUCUUUACUUUAAACUUAUGAUUCUUGGACCUCUAAUUCUCUUCUGCCAAGUAAGAGAAUUGAAGCAUCUGGUGCCAUUUUCUUUUAUUGCUAACAUCACCAUGUUUGUCGCAUUUGCAAUUACUUUGUAUUAUACUUUCAUGGAAAUUCCUAAAGUGGAAAUGAAAGAAAGGAAUUUAGUAACCUCCUGGUCUGGAUUGCCUUCGUUCUUCAGCACUGUUAUAUUUGCCAUGGAAGGUAUCGGUACUAUUAUGCCUGUUGAAAAUUCCAUGAUUACUCCUCAGUUUUUGGGAUGUCCUGGUGUUUUAAAUAUGGGUAUGGCAAUUAUUGUUACAUUUUUUGCCAGUUUGGGUUGCUUUGGUUAUUAUGCAUUUGGUGACAAAACGGCGGCUACCAUUACGCAAAAUUUGCCCAACGAAGAAUUAUUGGCUCAAGUAGUUCAAGCAGCAAUCUCAUCGGCAGUAUUCUUCACCUUCAUGUUGCAGUUCUAUGUUCCAACCGAAACCAUAUGGAAAAAAGUUAAACCCCACGUUUCAGAAGAAAGACACAACAUCGGCCAAAUUAUCACCAGAACAGUACUUGUGGUAGUGAUAUUUGCAAUAGCAGCUGCAGCUGGGCAUCAUCUCGACGCCCUUAUAGACUUAGCUGGUGCUAUCUUCUUAUCUACAUUAGGGUUUCUGAUUCCCGCUGUGUUAGAUACCAUAGUUAAUUGGGACGACUUAGGGAAGUUUAAUUACAUUUUAAUAAAAAACGUUCUCAUUUGUACUUUCUCAUUAUUCGGUCUAGUGUCGGGUACCAUAGCUGCCCUCAAUGAGUUCACCCACUGAUUAUUUAAGUAAUUGUGUACAUAAUAAUUCUUCGUUAACUAGUUUAGAUAGUAAAAUUUUAUACAUUUUUAAGAAACUCUUGACAAAACGAUAAGAUUAUUGUUGUGUUGACUUUAAUUGUAACUUAUUUCAUUUAUUUACUUUGUUAGGCACGUGUAAACACUCAAAAUAUAUCAUAAAUACUAAUCUGAUUAACAAUAUUUCCGUACGAGUAUUAGCGCGUCCGUACGGACUACGAGUAUUAGCGCGUCCGUACGGACUACGAGUAUUAGCGCGGGUCAAUAAGUUUUUGGUGACUUUUUGGAUGAAACACAGGUUUUUACCUAUAUCAAAAGUUAUUUUAUUUUUUAACAUAGCCUCCUUUGAAUUCUAUACACUUAGUCAAAUGUUUCUCCAAAUUUUUAUCCCUUCCGAAAAAAAUGAUUUGGCGAGGACAUCAAAAUAGGCAUUUGUUUGUGAGUGAGAUGAUUUCGUCGUUGGAGUUAAAUCUCUUUCCGCCGAGACAUUUGUUAAAGUUUCGGAACAAGAACUGGUCACUCGGGACUAAAUCUGUAGAAUUGUGUGGACGAGGGAGCAAUUCGUAGCCUAAUUUAUAAAUUUUUGUGAUGGAAACUGCGCAUAUGUGCAACCUUGCAUUAUCCUGGUGGGAAAGUACUUGUUUGUUAGCAAAGUACAGUUUUUUUUAAUCCUCAUUGAAUCGGCCAAAUAAGUUGGUAUAUUAUAUACUAUUGAUCAUUUUUGCCUUUUGAAAGUAGUCAAUGUAGAUUAUACCACAUGCAUUCCAAAACAGCGCUCGCCAUGACUGUAUUGGCUGACAAACCCACCGAGAAACCCACUGAUUUCACUGCUAUUUGGUCUUCGGUGUAUUGUAGUGAACCCACGUUUCAUCCACUUUUAUGAAACAGCGCAAAAACUCGUCCAUAUUGCCUUUAAACAUCGCCAAAGAUUCCUGGGAAGUUGUCACACCGUUGCGUAUGUGGUCGAUUGUGGGCAAAUGCGGUAACCAUCUUGCAGAAAGCUUUCUCAUGCCCAAUUGAUCAUGCAAAAUUGAAACCAUUGAGCCAUUUGAGAUGUCUAUGACUUGCACAAUCUUUCUCACUUUCAAUAUCCGAUCGGCUAAAAUCAUAUCGUGAAUUUUUCAAUUGUUUCGGAUGUAGAUUUAGAACCCUUAACUAGGCGUCCAUAAUGUUUGGCACUUUCCGUGAUUAUACGGCCAGAUCGAAAUUCGGUAAACCACUUCUUUACCAUAUAAAUGGAUGUUCAGAGUACCCAUAAUAUUUAUUAAGCUUAAUCUUGGUUUGAAUGAUGGUUUUUUCCGAAAAAAAUAAUGCUUAAUGAGCACACGAAGUUCACUUUUUUCCAUUUUCUUCUCAAAGCGCGCGGUAGUCUGCUAAGCUAAACGGCUACCAGAAGCAAACUGGGCGAAGCUUGUUCAAAUUUACACCAGAGUCAAGUGAGAGUUGUCUGUUCACAGGAACAGUGUUGCCAUUUCAAUUAGUAGACAGGAAAUUCAGAAACUCACGGACCUAUUGACCAACCCUCGUAAUGAUGAAUUGUUAAUUUUAUUCAGCAAUAAAUGAUGUCUUGAUAUAAUCUGAAGUGUUUAUCUACGUAAAGUUAUGUUAUUACUUUCAAUGGUUUUCUUGUGUUUUAUCGUCGAUUUAUAAUAUUUUUUCAUAUUUAUUCUUUUUAAUAUAAAUCUGGAGAUUUUUCAGAAAUAUACAUCACACGAAGGAUAAAAAAACUUUGUAAACGUAUACUAGAGCACAAGAAAACAAUUUUCAUAUGCACCAUGCAUUCUAGAAGGCAACUUCAUUUACUUUUGACAUACUUCCAAAUACUCAUUUUGACACGAAUAAUUCACCCAGUAUAUUCACAACCUUUAAACAACAAUAAAUAUGUUUGAACAAUAUUCCUUUUAAACAGAUGGCUCGUCACUGAAGUUGUGACUAAAUAAAUAAAUUAUAUGCAGACUUAAUUUGCUUAUGUUUCACAUUCAGAGAGUUUAUUAUUUAUCCAAUUUUUUUGUGAUGCAAGAAAAAUAUUUUAGAAUUUUAUUAGGGUUAAAUAUAUUGCUUAAUUAUCAGAUAUCUUAAUAACAGUGAUCAGUAAAAGAAAAGUAAAGUAUUUUAUUUUGUAUUAUAUUUAUUUGCAUUAUACUGUAGCUACACUACACAUCACUGAUUAUUUUAUUAUAAUUAUUUAAAUAGUCUAGGAGACAGGGGUUUAAGUAUGCAUGCCCCUCGAUACCUUAACGUUUUUUAUAUUUUUUUAUGCAUAGAUUCCAUUUUUCAAUGGUACCAGGCUAAAAACCCUUCAGAUAUAUUUUUAACAAUUUUAAAAAAUGAUUAUAUCUCCAGAACUAUUAGAGAUAUUUAAUUUUACCAAAAUGAAAAUUGUUCCUUUAAAAAAAUGAACCAAAUGGCGUUUGAUAAACUUUGAUCCGAUUCUUAGAACAGGAGUUAUAAAAAAAUUUCGGGAAAAACAAUUGCAAAAUAGGUAGGUAUUCCAUGGGGCUUUUCUGUACAAUAUCUUAACAAUAUUCCAGAUAAUUCCAAAAUCCUUGUAAAAUACGAAAUAAAUUAAUUACGAUAUUGUUUAUAAAAUGUUAAAUAACAAACAGACGGUCAGUUGUUAACCGCAAAUUUAGGACACACACAUUUUGAUGACAUAUGACAAGGUGACUUCUGCCAAGUAAGCCGUAAACAUAUUAUUAUAUCAUACCUAAACUUGUCAUAGAAAUUGAAGUAAAAAUGGAUAUUGUUCGUCCGGUAUAACUUUUCCCAUGCGUCACGAUUCAUUUUAAAACAAAUUAAGUCAAAACAUAAAGUAAAACGUACGCCGAUGUGUGUAGUAUACAGUAAUGAGCGCGCUAAUAACCGGCAAAAUAGCGUAAGAGAUGGAAAACAUAAUACAUUGCGAAACAAAAAGUGAUGAAACUAGUGGAGGUGAAGAUGAUCGUUACAAACGUAUAAAUUAACAGACUAAGUUUUCACUCUAAUGGCAUAUAAAACAACAUAAUUUUACUAUAUAUCGCACCAGACUGAAAACAAUGGGAACCUUCUCUGGUUACACCUCCGAGGCUUCUACAAUUUGCAAGCCAUACGGAUGCUGAGACUAAGGAAGAUGAGGGAAUUUUACAAUUUAUAAUUCACGUCCCAUCUGCUCAGCGCGGUAAAGUUCCAACGAGAAUGGUUCCCUUCGUACUACAAUCAGAGUAAACUUGUAAAUCAAAAAUGAAUAACCAUUUUCAAUUUCGUUGCAAAACGAAAAUACAGACGCAUCAUAUUCAAGUCCAAUCAGAGAGUGAAGCAAGUACCUCUACCGGUUUCGAAACUUAUUAGUCUAUCAUCGGGAGGCACAUAUGCUGCUCCCUCUGAUCCAUAUGUGCCUCCUCAAGAGAGACUAAUAAGUUUCGAAACCGGUAGAGGUGUUUGCUGCACUCUCUGAUUGGACUUAAAUAUGAUGCGGCUGUAUUUUCGUUUUGCAACGAAAUUGAAAAUGGUUAUUCAUUUUUGAUUUACAUAUUUACUCUGAUUGGAGUACGAAGGCAACCGUAAAAUUCCCUCAUCUUCCUUAGUCUGAGCAUCCGUAUGGCUUUCAAAUUGUAGAAGCCUCGGAGGUGUAACCAGAGAAGGUUCCCAUUGUUUUCAGUCUUGUGGUAUAUAGAGUAACAUGUUGUUUUAUAUGCUAUUAGAGUGAAAACUUAGUCUUUUGCUAGCAGUUGCCGCUAGGGCAUCUAUGCCAUUUCGUUCGUUGCAAUAAGUGACUGCACGCCGGGGUUUGUUUUGGUUGGAUCAGAGGGAGCAGCAUAUGUGCCUCCUGAUGAGAAACUAAUAAGUUUCGAAACCGGUAGAGGUGCUUGCUGCACUCUCUGAUUGGACUUGAAUAUGAUGCGACUGUAUUUUCGUUUUGCAACGAAAUUAAAAAUGGUUAUUCAUUUUUGAUAUAAAUUAACGUUACAUAGUUUACCACCUUUAGACGUCUGUGACAGGAGUAUUUUACAAAAUUCUACUGUCAGAGUGACAGUUGUCAUACUCUUCUGAUACAUCUAAAGUUGGGAAACUAUGUAAUGUAAUGUUAAUUUAUACGUUUAUAACGGUCAUUUCCAUCUCCACUAGUUUCAUCUCUUUUUGUUUCGCAAUGUAUUACGUUAUCCAUCUUUUGCGCUAUUUUGCCGGUUAUUAGCGCGCUCAUCACUGUAUAGUAUAAAGUAUACAAAAUUUAUAUAUACAUCGACGUUCGUUUCACUUUAUGUUUUGAUUUAAUUUGUUUGAAAAUGAAUCGUGACGCAUGGGAAAAGUUAUAGCGGACGAACAAUACGAACAUACAGAUCUAAUAAAUAAAUGAGACGCGAAUAUAUUUUUGCAAAUUCAAUUGAAUUUGCCUGAUAUGUGCCGCCUAGCGUAUGCUGAGUACCGUCUUCGGCUGAGUACGAUCCAAUGUAUUAAUAACUGCCUACCCAUAUAAUCGUAAAUACAACCCCUUAUCCAGCAUAUUUCCAAGUAUAACUGACUUUCCUCUUGCGAGUAAUAAUUUUCAAGACCCCAUCGUCUUAAAAGUAAUUAUUUAAGCUUUAAAAAAAUAUUUGCAAAAUUAGCUUAUCUUUAUCGAUAAAAAAAGUUAUUACAAUUAAACGUUAAAAAUGUUCCUAAAAAGUAAAAUAAUGAAAAUUAAUUAACCAAAAAUAAUGUAGAUAAUAGUUAUUUAUGAUAUAAGUGUUAAAAGUACCCGUUUAAGGCAUGCAUGUGAAAGUUUGCAGAAUGAGCGAGAGCGAGUUCUGCAAUUCACAUGAGUGCCUUAAAAAUGUACUUUUUAACACGCAUAUCAUACAACAUUUUUUCUACAAACGUAAUUACAGGACAAUAUCUACAAAAACUUUUACUUGAACUGGACUGACAUUCCAAUUUUAUAUUUUUUUGACAUUACAUUAAAAUUGCAUAUAAGGUCAAUACGAACUGCAGUGCCUUAAAUUUUUUUUUAAAGCACUAGUGCCUUAAAGUAGCAUUUUUAACGCUCGUAUGGAGUGCUAAAAAUUGCAUUUUUAACACGGUUGUAGAAAAAUAUAAAUAAAUGUAAAUAAAUAUAAAAUUAAAUAACUAUAAUAGCUUAGGAGAUACAAUAAUUUAAACAAUUAAAUUGUUAACAAAUUAUCUGACGCCCCCUGGUUCCUAGACUAAAACUGACAAUUGUAGCUUCAAAAUUUGUAAAACCUUUUUAUACAUUUUAGUAUUGAUUUAAUAUUUUUAUUUAUUUCUUUUAUUUUAUUUAAGGUUGUGCCGUAUAUCUUAUCUUUAAUGUGAUGCCAUCAAUCAGUAUUAUUGAUUGUCUUAUUUGUAUGUAUUUAUUUUUAUAUCGGUGUAAUAUAUCAUUAAUUUAAAAUAUUCAUCAAAACAUAAAGUUGUGUGUUUAUUGGUUUAAAUUACCAAUUAAAUUAAUUAAAAAAAUAGAAAAAAAACAAAUCUUAAAUUUAGAUACUGAUUUUUAAACUAAUAAAUACAUACUUUUAUAUAGUUUGUAUACCAUGCAUACCAGCUAUUUAAGUUUAAUUCUAUUAUAGUUUGUAGAACCCUAAGUUUUUAUUUGUGUACAUAUUGUGAAUUAUUUAUGUAAUAUAUAUUUAUAUUUUUUACUAA